AUGACUCAACGGUCACGUGACCACAUUAGCUUGGGUUUACAGGUUGAAGAGAAACGGAGUUGUACGCUUGCCUUCGAUAAUAAGGUGUUGUGGAAUUAAUUCCGCGUGUAUUUAGAAAAUAGUGACUGAAAAAAAUAUUCAAAAUGUCAACAAAAUCUAAAAAGACUGUUUCGUCGUCUUCUAACAUAAGUGUUGUGUCAUCAGUGCAAAGCCCACCACAAUCAAGCACUCCUGUUGGUAGCCGCCCUUCUAGUUCUGCCGGCCGGCCGAAUAGCCCUCUAAGUCCAACGAGACACAGUCGUUUACAAGAAAAGGAGCAUUUACAAAAUCUCAAUGACCGCCUUGCAGCCUAUAUUGAUAAAGUACGCCAACUCGAAAGCGAGAAUUCGGGGCUUCGUCGUGAAAUACAAACCACACAGGAGGUCGUCACACGCGAGGUUUCCAACAUAAAAGGAAUGUAUGAGCAUGAAUUACAAGAUGCCAGAAAACUGUUAGAUGAUACAUCCCGCGAGAAAGCUAAGUUGGAAAUCGAUCUCAAGAGAUUGUACGAAGAAAACGAUGACCUAAAGAAACGCUUGGACAAAAAGACAAAAGACUGGCAACAAGCAGACAAUUUGGCGCGCCACUACGAAGCGCGGUUCACGGAAGAAAGCAACAAAUACAACACUGCCCUUGCUGAUAAAAAGAAGGCUCAAGAUGAAGCUAGAGACCUGGCCAAGGAAUUGGAGAAAUUGCGUAAAGUAUACGCCGACACGCGUAAGACCCUCGAAGAGGAGAUGCUUUGCCGCAUCGACAUGGAGAACACGGUGCAAAGUCUGCGGGAGGAGCUCUCUUUCAAGGACCAGGUGUUCCAACAAGAGUUACAAGAGACCCGUACACGAAGACAGGUCGAAAUUUCUGAAAUUGAUGGUCGUCUUGCCCAGCAAUACGAAGCUAAGUUACAACAGAGCCUGCAAGAGCUGCGCGAACAACAGGAGGCCAAUAUUAAGGCAAACCGGGAUGAAAUCGAAGCUCUCUAUGAAAAUAAGCAGUUGAAGAACCUGCAAGCGGCGUCGAACCGCAACAGCAAUGCCGCUACCGUGGCCGUGGAGGAACUGCGCACGAUGCGCACGCGCAUCGACAGCCUCAACUCGACGCUCAACGAUCUGGAGAACAAGAAUGCCGCUCUUAGCAACCGUUGCCGUGAACUGGAACGUCAACUCGAAUCCGAACGUGCUCGUCACGCAGAAGACUUGGCGUCUCUCGAACAAGAGUUGGCGCGCUUGCGGGACGAGAUGGCGGCGCAGUUGCGCGAAUACGCGACGCUCAUGGACAUCAAGAUAUCGCUCGACCACGAGAUCGCUACCUACCGCGCGCUUAUCGAGGGCGAGGAGGAUAGGUUGAACCUGACCUCCCAGUCGCCGGGCCGCGAGUCCCGCGCGUCAAUGAGCGGCGCGAGCGUGAGCGGCGCUGGGCGCGUGACGCCCGGGCGGCGCGCGACCCCGCUGCGGGCCGCGCGCAAGCGGACGCUGCUCGACGAGAGCGAGGAGCGCAGCCUGCAGGACUUCAGCGUCACCUCCAGCGCCAAGGGGGACCUGGAGAUCGCGGAGGCCUGCCCCGAUGGCAGCUUUGUGAAGAUCAGGAAUAAGGGCAAGAAGGAGCAAAGCCUCGGCGGCUACCAGCUGAUACGCAAGGCGGGCGAACAGGAGACCCUGUUCAAGUUCCACCGCACGGUGAAGCUGGAGCCGGGCGCGGUGGCCACCGUGUGGUCGGCGGACGCGGGCGCGGACCACGACCCGCCGCGCGACAUCGUGAUGAAGGGCCAGAAGUGGUUCGUGGCCGACACCUUCACCACGGCGCUGCUCAACACUGACCAGGAGGAAGUGGCGGUGUCGGAGAGACAGCGGCGGCAGGUGAGCACGAGCGCGCAGAGACAUCGCGAGCUCGCACACAAGUUCCCGCGUCGUGAAGGGCUUGGCGAAAUCCGCGAGGGUGAAGAGAAUUGCCGUAUCAUGUAACACCUAGUAGAUAAAACGGUUGUAUCCAAUGAUCGUGUUCGAUUUACAACGGUGCCUCACCUUUCUCUAAUUAGGGUUCGCCAGCUAGGCUUACCCCGUUAUUACAGAUUUAUUUCUAUAGAAACACCAAAGUGGCUCGAUAGAUGGCUCUUAAUCUAGCCGUUCCAGUAAAGAAAUGUUUAAAUGUGAACAUGUUUUUGAAUUUUAAGUUGCAUACUAGUGGUCUUAUGUUUUUCCCAAGUUGUUUUUUUUUUUUUUUUUUUUUAUGAAAUCUCCUUAAUACUUUCACUAAUAAGAAGUCAAUUCAGGCAUCUUCAUAGAAAUAUAUUAUUAACACGCAUUUAACUUUUUCCUUAUUGGAACGGCUUUAAGUUUCAAACAGUGAAAAUAUUUAAUUAGUGUCUCUCUAUUCUUGUGUUUGCGAAGUUCAAAUUUAUAGUUCAAUUAUUAUCAUCCUUAAAUGUUAGAAACCAAGUUAACAAGUCGCUCGAUUUUGAUUUUUAGCAUUCAAGAUCCGCCUAUCGUGCCAUUUUACGCCUUUCCGUAUUGGUUCUAUACGACCAUUUUUAUAUUAUACAUCACUUAAUAUUUAGUAUUGAACUUUUCCAAUAAUUUCAAAACAUGAAGCCACUCGAUGCCUUAUUUGGCUUCGCCGCGUAAGCUCAGUGAACAAAGUACAAAGGUUUUUGGUUCACUUUGUGUUGGUAAGUGUAGAAAUAUAUAUAUUUUAUUAAUUAUUUAACUUUAAGAUCCCCACCCAUAACAUUUGCGCUAGACAAUGAAUCGUGUCAGACGUUUGAGAUAGCCAUUGCGUAUUAAGCAGCAAUCAGUAGAUAAAAUCUACAAAAUAUCAUGAUAGUUAGUAGCUAUUGACUAGAGUACUAGCAUCAUUAGUUUGUAAGAUUAAGUUGACCACGUUGCAUUGGUUGUCAAUUUAGAAUAAGCUACAUUUUCAUAAUUAUAAUUAAAUGCUAUUUUUUUAUAACAAACACAGGUGCAAGUCUCAAAUUGUAUGAAGCAUUUAUGACGAUAUUCAAAUGGGCUUAUAUUGUGUGUUUAUGUAAUUUGGUUUUCUAAAUUAAUUCAUUUAGUACUAGACUUAAUUUAAGAAAAUGUACUUUCAAAUUUAGGCGAAGAGGACAGAAUCUAAUUAUUUUUCGUUUGUGUUCUAUUUUUUUAAGUAAUCAUAGAAUACUUUAAAUUGGAUUAAUUAUAACUUCCUUUUGCAAAUUACAUAACAUUAUAAAAUAAUAAAUUUAUAUUUAGUUUUAAUCAA